CGCACGUCAAACCCGCGCGGCGCCGCCGCCGGAGAGGCACAUAAAUUAGCAUAUGAUUUGCAUCUCGUUCAGGGCCCGGGCCCGGGCUCGGGCCUGGCUGGCGCGGGAUGAGGCCGCUGUUGCCCCUGAGGCUCCGGCGGGCGGCGGCCGGGGGGCUCCCGCGCUGCUUCGGCAUGGCCCGGCGCGGGGGUCCCGCCUGGCGGCUCUCCAUCGAGGGCAACAUCGCUGUGGGCAAGUCCACUUUCGUAAGGCUGCUGGGAAAAACCUUUCCAGAAUGGCAAAUGGCUACAGAACCAGUGGCAAAAUGGCAAAAGGUUCAAGCUUCCAGUAGCAGAGAGACCUCGUCUUCUCAGAACUUUGGCAACCUGCUUCAAAUGGUCUAUCAGGAGCCUUCUCGGUGGUCCUAUACGUUCCAGACAUACUCCUGCAUGAGUCGACUUAAGGCCCAGCUGGAGCCCCUUUCAGAGAAGCUGUUGAAGACCUGGGAUCCAGUGCAGAUUUUUGAGAGAUCUGUAUACAGUGAUAGGUACAUCUUUGCUAAGAAUCUCUUUGAGCUUGGCCACCUCGCUGAGAUUGAAUGGACCAUUUACCAGGAUUUGCACACCUUCCUCCUACAAGAGUUCGGGGAUCGAAUUGCUCUGCAUGGCUUUCUGUAUCUCCAGGCAACUCCAGAGAAAUGUCUGGAGCGAUUGCACCGAAGGGGGAGGCCUGAGGAGAAGGCGAUCCAGUUGGAAUAUCUGGAGCAGCUUCACACUCAGCAUGAAAACUGGCUAGUAAAGAAAACCACGGAGGUCCACUUUGAAAACCUAAGGAAUGCUCCAGUCUUUGUGCUUGAUGUCAAUAAUGAUUUUGAGGAUGACCCAGCUGAACAAGAGGAGCUCAUGAGGAAGGUACCUAGGAGCCACAGUCCUGGACCAGGAAUCCAUUGCGUGAGGCACUGUGCAAACACAGAAGAUAGUAGUAUUCUUCCUUUUGUGGGGUUGUAUUGAUGUGGUGACUGGCUUGCUAGAGGGGAAAUGCUGGUAUUUUCCCAGGGAAUACAUUGGUGGGAUUGUAUUCUACCAAUAUUGUGUAUGUAAUACAUUCAUGUAUGUAUGAGUCUAAUAAACAAGUUACGUUUCACAGA